AUAUAUAAUAAAAUAAUAAAAUAUUAUUUAUAUAUAAUAAAAUAAUAAAAUAAAAAUAAAAGAAAUCCCAUUAAUAUUUGAUUACGAAACGAUCAGAUGAGUUAGUAAAACAAACGAGGAUACACUUAAUAUGAAUAUUUACAUGAACAUAAAUAUCUAACUUCAAACGGCCAGAAAGAUAUUUAUCUAAAGUAUAAUAAUCUAUAAUAAUAUUCUAGAGAUUUUUACACCUCAUGUCAAAAUUGACACCUUUUUUACAUUUUUAUCCUUACCCGGUUUUUUAAACAUUUUUAACUUUUACAUUUUUCAAUUUUACUUUUCAAAAAGUUUAAUAAUUACAAUUUUACCUUUCCCUUCUUCCUUACACACGUACACGCACGCCACCUCAUAAAUCCUUUCUUUUUUUUUUUUUUUGAAUUUUUCAUCUAUCUUAUUCAGCCACUCUUCAAACAGAGCUUCCCACGAUCACCAUUAUCAAGCCCUAACCAUUUUUUUCUUCCCACGAUCACCUUCUCCAAGCCCUCACCCACGUUUUCCUCAACCUACAUUGUCUUCCUCCUCUAUUUUUUCUCUAUAUAAAUGGCAACCACUAGAAGUGGUUCGAAAUCACCAUCUCCGGCGAAGAAAGUUUCUAAAAAAUCGAAGAAGGCUCCAGCUGUUACUUCCAAAGUCGAACCUAAAAUGGGGUUAAAAAAAAUUGCUAAAAAUUUAGUGGCUGAUGUUCCAGAGACAUCGGCCUCUAAGAAAAGAGCCCUUCCUGUUAAAGUAGAUGCUCCUAAGACUAAGAGAGCAAAAAUUUCCAAGUCUGCACGCGAUGUUUCCUCAGAUUCCGAUUUUGAGGAUGAAGUGCAUGGUGAGGACCAAAAGCCCAAAGUUAAAUCAAAGGUCCAUGCUAGGACCUCAGUGAAGGUUGAAGGAUUUGACCUACCAAAGAAAAAUCCUGCUAAGGAAUGGGAUUAUAUAUAUGACCAGAAGAAUCUGUUCAUUGCUAAAGCCUUUUCCACUGCUACUUUCCAGGUGAUAGAGAACAUUAAAUCUUGUCUUUCAGAUGUACAGCUUGAAAUCUUUUCAAAAACCUGUUUUGGUCAUUUCCUUGACCUUCCCGAGUUUAAAGUUCAACCCCAAGUGUUUCAUGGGUUGUUGCUCCGAGAGGUUCAGCAACCUAAUGAUGCUGAGUUGUGGGUUAUGAUACGCGGUGUUAGGCUUAGGUUUAGCAUUGAGGAAUUUGCAUUGAUUCCGGGUUAG